AGUGUACAUGCAGCAAACCUUAGAAUGUGACACGGAUUUCUGCCGCGGCGCCUCGGCUGCCUUAUCGGGCCAUAGCAUCAUCGCAUGCCCUGUGCGAAUCUAGCCGGCAAGUUGUCGCAUACACGAGUACCCAACAACCUUCGAAGAACAUGGCUAAGGCGGCGGGGUCUCGACACAUGCACUCGCGAGGCUCAAGAAGAGCUUGUCGCGCUGAUUGCCCCAUCCACUGUCGCGGUCCUCAAGCUCGGGUGCUACCACACACCUUUCCAGCCUAUCAUGAACGCCAGCAGGCAGAAAGUCAUGCAUGUUGUAUUGGCCUUCUCACAAUAGAUCAUAUACGGCCUGUAUGCCGCGCAGUGACGUCAAGCGCAUCAGGCUGAACUUUCUCACCAGCUCAGAAUACAGCUUACUUCUCACAUUGACCAUCCCCCAUAAACUCUGGAUACCAUGGAGGGAGGCCCGUCAACUGCGCAGUUCGAACACGAUACCAUUCCGGACGGAGGUAGACACAUACGUUUGUUGGAAAUCCAAGAAAUCGAUCCAGAUGGUCACGUAGUCUGCCGUCUAACCACCUGGCCUGUUGCAGGGGCUCCUGCGUACUAUGCUCUGUCAUAUACAUGGGGCUCACCAGUCCCAACUUAUUGGAUUUCUAUCAACACACUCAAUUUCCCGGCAGGUGAGGAUUGCGUUUACGCGCUGAAACAAGCGUUUUCUUCCAAAGCAAGCCAGUACUACUGGAUGGACGCUCUUUGCAUCAAUCAAAAUACUACAAUGGAAAGAAGUCAUCAAGUCGGAAUGAUGGCGCAGAUAUAUGCACGAUCGGUGCACGUGUUGGCAUGUGUCGGG